GCUCCAGACAUAUUUUAUUGGGACAGAGAAAGUUCUGUGUGCUCCAGGUAGCCCUGAGAACCAGACUUCUGACUUGUGAGCUGCCUGCACGUUUGACUUCCUCAUCUUUACCCUUCCUGGCCCAGCUGUUCCAUUAUGAUCGAAUCUACAAGCAUUUAAAUGACUGCUAUGUUCCAGGCACAGGGCAGAGUGCCAAAGAGAAAACACAUGAUGAGCCUGUAAUUCGUGAGUCUUAUGGGUGAUCGGAAAGACAGAUAUUAAGUCGGAAUUGGCAUCCACUGGAAGAAUCUGCAGCCCUCUCUCUGCCCAGAGCUCCAGGACCAAUGUGUCUUCCCAGCACCUUAAACCAGUGAGCCAUCCAGAACCGCAGCUCUAGACUUGCCCCACUGCCAGCAUGAGUUCUGAAUGUGAUGUUGGAAGCUCUAAAGCUGUUGUGAAUGGGUUGGCACCUGGCAGCCAUGGGCAAGACAAAGGCAUGGACCCUACAAAAAUCUGCACUGGAAAAGGCACGGUGACUCUUCGGGCCUCAUCUUCCUACAGGGAAACUCCUAGCAGCAGCCCUGUGAGCCCUCAGGAAUCUCCAAAGCAUGAAAGCAAGUCAGAUGAGUGGAGACUUUCUUCCAGUGCUGACGCCAAUGGCAAUGCCCAGCCCUCCCCACUUGCUGCCAAGGGCUAUAGAAGUGUGCACCCCAGCCUUUCUACUGACAAACCCCAGGAUGCCACCUCCAGCCCAGCCCCGUCUGAGGUAAUAGUUGUCCCUCUCUACCUGGUUAAUACUGACAGAGGGCAAGAAGGCACUGCCACAACUCCAGCAUCUCUGGGGCCACUUGGCUGCAUCCACACUAUCCCGGCGACCACCCCUGCUGCCUCACCUCUGACCUUCCCGACUUUAGAUGAUUUCAUUCCCCCUCAUCUGCAGAGGCGGCCCCACCACAGCCAGCCAGCCAGUGCUUGUGGCUCCCUCCCCCCUGCUAGCCAGAGGCCACCACCCUCACCACCACCUCCGCUGGUCCCUCCCAUACCGGAGGACCUCCACAGAGCCUUGGAGCCUGACCUCCCGGGACCUGUCUCAAGUACCGGCAGUCCUUUAAUAAAUGAAGUUUCUUCUUCCCAUAUUGAAACUGAUUCCCAAGCCUUCCUUCCAACAAGCAAACCGUCAUCUGCCUACCCCUCCACCACAAUCGUCAACCCCACCAUCGUGCUCUUGCAGCACAAUCGAGAACAGCAAAAACGACUCAGUAGUCUUUCAGAUCCUGCCUCAGAGAGGAGAGUGGGUGAACAGGACUCAGUGCCAACCCCGGCAGAACUCACCUCGCCCAGCAGGACUGCUGAAAGGAGAGCAAAGGAUGACAGCAGGAGGGUGGUGAAGAGUGCACAGGACCUAAGCAAUGUGUCCAUGGAUGAAGUGGGCAUCCCACUCCGGAAUACCGAGAGAUCGAAAGACUGGUACAAAACCAUGUUUAAACAGAUCCACAAGCUGAACAGAGAUGAUGAUUCCGACCUGCACUCUCCUCGAUAUUCCUUUUCUGAAGACACAAAGUCUCCCCUUUCUGUGCCUCGCUCAAAAAGUGAGAUGAACUCCAUUGAUGGGGAGAAAGUAGUGAAGAGGUCAGCCACACUCCCCCUCCCAGCCCGCUCGUCUUCACUGAAGUCCAGCCCAGAGAGAAACGACUGGGAGCCCCCAGAUAAGAAAGUGGAUACAAGAAAAUACCGAGCAGAGCCCAAGAGCAUUUACGAAUAUCAGCCGGGCAAGUCUUCUGUUCUGACCAAUGAGAAGAUGAGUCGGGAUAUAAGCCCAGAAGAGAUAGAUUUAAAGAAUGAACCUUGGUAUAAAUUCUUUUCGGAAUUGGAGUUUGGGAAACCGCCUCCCAAAAAGAUAUGGGACUAUACUCCUGGAGACUGCUCUAUCCUUCCUAGAGAGGAUAGGAAGACUAAUCUAGAAAAAGAUCUCAACUUCUGCCAAGCAGAGUUAGAGGCAGAUUUAGAGAAAGUGGAGACGGUUAAUAAGUCACCCAGUGCAAACUCGCCACAGAGCUCAGCAAUCAGCCCAGAUGUCACAUCAGAGCCUCCUGGAUAUAUAUAUUCUUCCAACUUCCAUGCAGUGAAGAGAGAAUCAGAUGGGACCCCCGGGGUUCACACUAGCUUGGAAAAUGAGAGGCAGAUUUAUAAGAGUGUCUUGGAAGGUGGCGACAUCCCUCUUCAGGGCCUGAGUGGGCUCAAGCGACCCUCCAGCUCAGCUUCCACUAAAGAUUCCGAGUCACCAAGACAUUUUAUACCAGCUGAUUACCUGGAGUCCGCAGAAGAAUUUAUCCGGAGAAGGCAUGACGAUAAAGAGAAACUUUUAGCGGACCAGAGACGACUUAAGCGCGAGCAAGAAGAGGCCGAUAUUGCAGCUCGACGCCACACGGGUGUCAUCCCGACGCAUCAUCAGUUUAUCACUAAUGAGCGCUUUGGGGACCUCCUCAAUAUAGAUGAUACUGCAAAAAGGAAAUCUGGGUUAGAGAUGAGACCUGCCCGAGCCAAAUUUGACUUUAAAGCUCAGACACUGAAGGAGCUGCCUCUGCAGAAGGGAGACAUUGUUUACAUCUACAAACAGAUUGAUCAGAACUGGUACGAAGGUGAACACCAUGGCCGGGUGGGAAUCUUCCCAUGCACCUACAUCGAGCUUCUUCCCCCAGCUGAGAAGGCUCAGCCAAGAAAGUUGGCGCCUGUGCAGAUUUUGGAAUACGGAGAAGCCAUUGCUAAGUUUAACUUUAAUGGUGAUACACAAGUAGAAAUGUCCUUCCGAAAGGGUGAGAGGAUUACGCUGCUCCGACAGGUGGAUGAGAACUGGUACGAAGGGAGGAUUCCUGGGACAUCCCGUCAAGGCAUUUUCCCCAUCACCUAUGUAGAUGUGCUCAAGAGGCCGUUGGUGAAAAACCCGGUGGAUUACAUCGACCUGCCUUAUUCUUCCUCCCCAAGUCGCAGUACCACUGCGAGCCCACAGUGUACUAGUCACAGCAAGCUCAUCAUGCCAGCCCCUUCAUCUCUACCCCACCCCCGCCGAGCCCUCUCCCCCGAGAUGCACGCCAUCACCUCUGAGUGGAUCUCUCUGACCGUUGGGGUCCCAGGCAGGCGUUCUCUGGCCAUGACACCACCCUUGCCUCCUCUGCCUGAGGCUUCUGUCUAUGACACGGACCGCUUGGCCUUGUCAGCGAGGGCCCGUCCCUCCUUGCCACUUAGCCUCCCCUAUUCAAGUCGAUCAGAUCACUCCACAUUGCGGCCAGUGGUUUCUCCACUGGCCCUGCCUCCACCCCACAGAGCCUACUCCCUGGCACCAGGUGCCCAGGCCCCUCUUCACAUCAAUGGAGAUGGUAGUGUUCACACCCACCAAGAUGGCUUCUCUCAGUCACCACAUGGGAACUCUGAUAGGGUCAUCUCAGAGCUUAGUGAUGCCUUUAGCAGCCAGAGCAAGAGACAGCCCUGGCGAGAAGAUGGACCUUAUGAGAGGAAAGCAGAGAGCGAGGCAGGUGAGAGAUGCCCUGGUGGACCCAAGAUCUCUAAGAAGAGCUGCUUGAGACCUUCAGACGUGGUCAGGUGCCUGAGUUCUGAGCAGAGACUCUCAGAGUUCCACACUCCUGAUGACAGCCAGUCCUUCAAGCCUCUGGGUAGCCCUUUCCCUGCACGGGAGGCUGGGCCACCAGAGCUUCACAGAGGUGUCGAGGCUGACAGGAAGGCUGCUCAGAGUGGUAUAAGCCAGCCUUCUCAUCAUUCAUUGAGCGCAGGACCUGAUCUCACAGAAUCUGAAAAGAACUAUGUGCAACCUCAAGCCCAGCAGCGGAGAGUCACCCCAGAUAGGAGUCAGACCUCACAGGAUUUGUGUAGCUACCAAGCAUUGUAUAGCUAUGUGCCGCAGAACGAUGAUGAGUUGGAACUCCGAGAUGGAGAUAUUGUUGAUGUCAUGGAAAAAUGUGACGAUGGAUGGUUUGUUGGCACAUCAAGAAGGACAAGGCAGUUUGGUACUUUUCCAGGCAACUAUGUAAAACCUUUAUAUCUAUAAGAAGACUGAAAACCACAGAGAUUAUUUUUCUCAAAGGAUGCAGCAUCAUUCAUGAACUGGUCUCUUUAUUUAAGUAUUGAGUCAGUAGGAAAAUUAAUGCAGUUGGUAAAGAAUUCAAAAAGAGGAACAAAGAAGUGUGUUUAAAACCCACUGUGUAGCAGGGCUUAACUGUUUGCUGAGGUAAUAGGUAUUUACAUGGCUGCUUCUGGGAGCUGCUCUAGCCCCCACUGCUUGGGUAAUCUGAUCUGGAGUCGUGUCCACAGCAGCAUUAGCCAAAAAUGUGCUCAGUCUUUAUGCACUCUCAUGUCAAAUGGGCCCCCUGGGGCCAGAUAGGUCAAUCAAUCCCCAGCCGUGGUCUACAGGUCCCAAGUCUGAGCAUCGCUGCCCACCCCUGCCUCUAUCCCUGGCUGUCCCAGAGCCAGCAGACCCCAGGGCUGCUAGAGGCUGGUCUGAGUUCUGAGGUUCCCUUCAGCACCAUGACUCCAGGUAAAGAAAUGGAGGCUGACCGAGUGUCCGGGCCUUCAGCCUGCUGGGUGACAUUAUACUUGACUCCCCUGAUACACAGAAAAGCAUGCCAUGUUUGUCCUGAGCUUGGAAGCAGGUGGCCAGGCAGAUGGGUUACAUUUGUGAUUCCAUGUGACUAAGCCAGUCACCUUGGGGCUCUGGAGGUCAUUUGGAGUAGACUCCUUUCCUGGUCACCAUCACUGGCUGGGCAGGGUUGGAUGUGCCUUUCUUCUCUGCUUUCGUGUGGACUUGAUGCUCUUGAGCCCACAGAAUUCAGACUGGUCUCUAGUAGUCCUUUAGCCUGUGUAGAUGCAAGCUGACUGCUGGGUACCACGGUAAGGCCCUCUCAGACCUGGGAGGAGGUCAAAGACCACUCUGAAUGUUGUCCCCCUCCUUCCCACCACCCCAGGCCAGGUAGUCCUGUUGCACAUGCUGAAGCCCCUACUCAGAGGUGAGGAAUCAUACACUGUCUUGCUCCUCUUGAUGGCAACCAGGAUUCUGUCCUGUGAGCCCUAGUUGUGAGGAAGUGACUCCUUUGACACCCGGGUGUGAGUCACCACUCUGAUUCUCUGUUAUUUCCCUGAUUGACAUAAGGGAGAUAUGGUCUGUUCCCAGAGCUGAGUCUGCCAGGGGUUCAGCUGAGUGGAUGACAUAGGAAAAGGAACCCAAUCUAGAGAGACUGUGAUACGUGCAGAGGGUGUGAGAAAGGAUGAGUUGGGGGGUGUUGUACACCCUAGAAUGCAUUGUCAGGUUUUCAUUUCCCUCAGCUCACUUCUGAACAAUGAGGAUGCUGGGAGAACCUUUGUCUGAGGGUAGUUUAUGUUUGGGAAUACUUGGAAUUUUUCCAGAGUCUCAUCUUCUUAUUCUACCCACACAUACAUGUACAAGGUUGCUAAUAUCAGGAAUUGUAGGUGAUAGGGGUACAUACUGGAACCCCUGGCUCUCUGCAUGUAGCUCAGAACCACGCUAACCACUGUCCCAAGUCUGCAACAUUGUCUUGAGUGACUGCUGUCUGGAUGGCAUAGGAUCCCAGUUGCUUCCCCCUUUCACCCAUCAGCCACAGUUCCCCAAGGAGGCUCUCAGGAAAGAAAUUGCCACUGAUUGAGUCACACUGAAAAAUAAAUGGCUGAUAGGAGGAAUGUGCUGUCACUUCCAGGAGAUAUGUUUUUAACUGACAGCAGAACCUUUAAUCCCAAGGGGAAAGGGUGUGGAAGUAACUGAGGGCAGACAAGCUUCUUGGGAAGAAAAGACCUGGUGAUUGUGUGACCUGUUGCUUUGGAAGCUCUGCUUCACAAGCCAAUAGUACUUCUUUCUUUCUUUCUGUUUUUUUUUUCCUUUGCCCCUCUCAAAGGGAAUAUAGAACAAAAAUUAAAUAAAUGCAUAUGUGCAUUUUUGCCCAUUCAGAAUGCAGUCCUUGCUCUCUCCUAGAUGCCAACCAUGAAUAGUGCAGUUGUGUUUAAAUCUCCUCAGGGGUGCUUUUUGAUUAAGUAGGUAAUUUCAAACACCCCUUUAAAUACAGCUAGAAAAUAAAACCAUUUUGUAAAAGCCACAUUUGCAUUUAAUGCUAGCCUCACACAGAGUAUCUUCCCAAAUCCAGGUAUGCCCAUCUUUAAUAAGAUCUUUCCAGCUUCCUACAUAUGACAAAAACAAAAAGAGCAAAGAUUUCCAAUUACUCCUUUGUCCUCAGACAUUUAGUAAUAUAAAGUACCUAUUUUUAUGCUGAAAUGUUUAUACAGGUUUAUUAACAGCAAGCGCAACUAACUGGCGGCAUGCCUUGCAACACAUUUUGAUAUAUUAGCCAUGCUUCCAGGUAAAGGCACGCUCCAAACUACUCACCUUUUGCAGUCUCUCUGGGAUUGGUAAAAGAAAAAAAAAUCAUGUUUGAGAAGUGGGACUGUAAAUAUGUAAUGUAUAUUUAACUUUGUGUAGCCCAUGUACCUACCUUGUAUAGAAAAAUAAUUUUUAAAACUUGAGCAGAAAAGGGAGUAAAAUAAGGAAGUCAUGAAGGGUUGUUUUAUUUUUCCCACUUUUAUUUAAAUGAAGGAAUUUCAAAUAAUUCACCUGCAGAAUUUUAGCACAAAAAUAGUCAUUGGAAAUUGUUAACAUAUACAAUUGUUCUUUGGGAAAGAGAAGACAACUAUAAUAUCAUUUACAGUUUUCUUUUUGCAGUUCUAUUUACCUGCAGUAGUACUAAAUCCUAUUACUGGAAUAGGUUACUACCAAAAAAGUAUUCUAUUCAGAAAAAAAAAAAUUGACAUAUGUAACCUAUUAAAGUAUUGCAUUUAAAUUUCACACCAAGCGCAUGUACUAUGCAGACACAGAUUUUUUUCUGUUCAUUUAUUUUUCUUUAUUGCAGUGGAUUGAUUUGAUAGACUUGUUGAAUUACUACUUUGCUGUAUAUAUUAUUUAAUAAACUUUAUUCAGAAUUGCGUGGCA